AUGAUUUGUUUGAAUUCCGUUUCGACGUCACCUGGUCGAAAGGUUGCAGGCAUCACCAUCGUGGCCAUCAAGAUUGCAGGCAUCACCAUCGUGGCCAUCAAGUAUCAUAAAACAGCAUGGGCGAUAUGUGGAUAUUCUGAGGUGCAUGGCGGCUUCGACUUCGGGGAAAGGAACGGAGGGGGCACUUCGCUGUUGGACUUCGCCAAGGCAUUUGAGCUGGUGAUUGCGAACUCAAGUUUUUCGAAGUGGGAGGAGCACUUAGUUACUUUCCAAAGUUCGGUGGUGAAGACCCAGAUUGACUAUUUCCUCCUCAGGAGAGGGGAUAGAAGAUUGUGCGAGGAUUGCAAGGUUAUCCCAGGUGAGACCCUCGCAACACAACAUAGGCUUUUGUGA